UUUAGUUUCAGUCCCAGACUUAUAUAUUCCUGAAACAAACCAAGAGGCUGGGAUCUAAGCAGCGUGGAAAUCAAAGAUGGCGGACGUACCUCAGUUAGUGAAGGACGCACUUCUCGCAUCCAGUGAACCUAUGCCGCCAGGCUCGGAAGAAGUGAGAGGUUAUGACUUCAGUAAUGGAGUGAAUUACCACGCUUUACUCGAGUCGUACAGAACUACCGGAUUUCAGGCCAGCAACUUUGGAAAAGCAGUGGUAGAAAUUAACAACAUGGUGAGUGGGACGGCGGUUAGAUAAGGUAUCUUGAAGGUUUCCUUGGAUCAGGGAAGCGCUUCAGGGAGGAUUUGGCCUCCACUUUCAGCCAUAGGAAACAUUUCACUAGACCCUUGAAGGAGCUUACUCAAACGGCAUCUGCUUUUUCGCCGCUCCCUCCCCUUCCUCAGACGGAUUUUUGUUUUUCCGUCUCCUUGAGUUAUCACCCAACCGAUGGCAUGAGAGACACGAUGGUUGCUAUUGUUAAACUGGAAUAGGAAGUCCAGGUUAAAGCCAUGACCUGGGUCAUUGUUUUCUGUUGAAUGGAUGAGACACUUAGUCUUUACACGUACAGUACCUCUCUACACUCAAGAGUAUAAUUUAUUACUAUACCCAUGAAGAAAUGCGAUGGAAUGGUGGAUGUUGUCUUAGAUCAUGAAUAAGCUUCCCAUCAAGGGAGAGUUGCAAUACUCCUGGAAGAAUAGUUAAAUUAUGCAUGUCAAGAGCUAAUAGAGGACUGGGUUCAAACCAUUAGGCCAUAUCUGAUAGGUGAGUUGUGUCAUAUUGAGCAGGACACACAAUCCUUUCUCCACUUAGGACCAUAAGUGGGGCCUGUGACCAAUGAGGGAAAUAUGAUAAAGUGCUACAUGAUUGCAAUUUUUUGUAGACUUAUGUUUAACUCGAGAAGUAAUGGCACCACUUGUCAUUUCCUGAUACAGAAACCAGCAAAUCUCCAUCUGCAUAAUCUGACCCUGAUCUUCACUGAGUCAUUUUAAUGAAACCUUUAUUGCAUACAUGUAAGCACAGCCUCUGGGAGUAUUUAGGCCAUAAAUGACCUCCUUGUAUUUGUAGUUUUUUUCCCUAAGUUUCUUUUGAUUAUUUAGAUAAAAAGGAAGUUGGAAUCUCUUCCAGCACCUGAAGAUGGCCCAUCAAACUGCGAUUAUCUUGAUCCUGGUCAGCGCCCAAUUGAUAAUUGCACAAUCUUCCUUGGAUUUACAUCUAACAUGAUUUCAAGUGGUGUACGGGAAACAAUUAAAUACUUAGUCAAAAACAAUAUGGUAGGUAUACACAUUGUUGCUGCCUUAAAUGGAUUUUGUCACAAAACUUUAGCAAUGAAUCAGGGUCAAUGUCUACUAGUCACCUUGGGUUAGGGCAGCACAUAUUAGAACUAUGAUGACUUCCAGCGACUGACAGUUCAGCAAACAGCAGUCCUUUUCAGGAUAAUGUGAACUGGCCAUUGUAGAGAAGUUCUUAAACCAAAGGAUUGGCUCUCAUGAAGGGAUAACACUCAAAAUGUCAGCUUUAGAACCUCUCUAUGGUGGCCAAUCCACAUAAUCAACUUGGUAGAUCAAUCCAAAUUAUCAUAUACUACCCCUCGCUGAUGCAGCACCACUGUUUCUUUUAAUUAGAAACUUUUCAAGAUAGCAAAAGGUAAAGGCCACUUUUUAGGAUAAUCUUUUAUCGGACUUUGACAAUGUUCCUCCAGGACUUAAAGUAUAUGCUAUGAUUUAAUGAACUUGGACUCAUUCUAAUCAACAUCAAUGAUGCUGCUUGUGCAUUUUACUAAAGUUUGUUUAUAAUUUGAUUUAGGUUGACUGUAUAGUUACAACAGCUGGUGGUAUAGAAGAAGAUCUUAUAAAAUGUAUGGCUCCAUCAUACCUUGGUGACUUCUCACUGCGAGGUGUUGAGCUGAGGAAAAAAGGCAUAAACAGAAUUGGGAAUUUGCUUGUACCAAACAAUAAUUACUGUAGAUUAGAGGAGUGGAUUUUACCACUGUGGGAUAAGAUGCUUGAAGAACAAAAAACACAGGUAUCUUAAAUAAACAUUUUUUUUCAUCAAUUAUAAUUUACCAUUACAAUAUUCAUUGGGUUUAAGUCUGUUCAGAUGCUAAUGGCAACAUCAUUAUUAAUUCUUAAGAAACUAAAGGAAUUAUGUAAUUACGGAAAACUUUUAAAAGUGGAUACAAGUUUUUUACCUGACUAUGCUAAUUGUAACUAUUUCAGGACAUCACAAAAAGUAAAAAAAAAAGUCAAAUUGUAAUGCACUUUGUUGAGAAGUCUGCUGUAUGAUAUUUGUGAUUCUUCUUGUACAUUUAAAUAAAGAUGCUUUGAACAAAGUUUGGAAAAGGUUUGAUUAUAGAUUAAGCAUUCCUAUUUGAGGAUUAUGAGCCUUAGAAACAUUUUGGAGAUAUGCUAAUCAUCAGUUUGAUGAUUGUUUGAGUUAUCCCCAUGUUUAGGGUGCUUUUGGCAUUGUCUAAGCAGUUCUUCAGAGUACCUCAAGGUCUAAGAUUACAAUAUUUUCUUUUCAAUAACUGCAGGGUGUAAAAUGGACUCCAUCAAAGGUUAUUUCAAGAUUAGGUAAAGAAAUAAAUCACCCAGAUUCAGUCUGUUAUUGGGCUUACAAGGUAUGAUGAACAAGAUUAAUUAUUCAGUUGCAAUAGCAACUUAGAUAGUAAAAGAGGAUUGACGUUUUGGAUCAGUUGUGGAAUGAACCUCUAUUUGAGUAGAGGGUUUUUUUUUUUCCCUUUUUCAACAGAAUAAUAUUCCAAUUUUCAACCCAGCACUGACAGAUGGAGCACUUGGAGAUACACUGUAUUUUCACUCUUACAAGAAUCCUGGUUUAGUUAUUGAUAUUGUGGAAGGUAAGGAGAACCUUGUUUGUCUUAUUCUGUUGAAAUUGGAUCUUAUCAAAUGUUAAAUGUGUUAUAAUAAGUACCAAAUGGAUGCUAAUGAAAAAUACAGCUCAAGUUAAACUAAAACUGAAAGAAAUAUCAGCCAAUUUAAGAUUUCUAACUGAAAAUUCAGAUGCUCAAUUCAGAUCAUUGAUUAUUGAACUAUAGACGAGUAGCUCCUUUAUUACCAAUUUAUUUAUUUUAACUAUUUUUUUUUUUUUUCAGAUAUUAGGAAAAUGAACAAUAUAUCAGUAUAUGCCAAAAACACAGGAAUGAUAAUUUUAGGAGGCGGUCUAAUGAAGCAUCACAUAUGCAACGCAAAUCUAAUGGUGAGUUACUUUCAACAUCCUGCUCUAGUGCUGUGACAUCUUCAAUCCUUUACAGUUUAUCGCUUUAAUUUAUUAUUUCAUUUAAAUUUCCUCCUCUCCUCUGCAUUUCCUGUGCUUAUUCGGCUUCAGUAACGAAGAAGUGGUCACCAAGAGUGACGCUCAUUUUGGUCUGAAUUUGUUUUAUUUGCUUACUUUUGUUUUAAUCAAAGCUAUUAAAAGUGGGGCUUGAUCCACGUUCUGUAAGUUAGGCAUUUCCUUGCGUCAGUUUGCAGAGGACAGAAAAGUACCUCCAAACACUUUAUUUUAAUAGCAGAUGCCCAGGUUGUAUAAAUUUCCAAACGGUAUUAUGAUUAUAGGUAACUACCACAAAUAAAAAAAUAUCGAGUGAUCAGCUACCUUUAAAAUUUGGCCGUUUCAGUUGGAUAGAAUAACAUUUCCUUGCCUUAAUAGGCUUUGCAGUGCGCCAACCGGUUGAAAAACGAUUAAACCAUUGAAUGCUGAUAUCCACUUUCCCAACUGCCGAGGCCCAUUUUAUUCUGUUUAAAAAUCCUUAGUUUAAAGUCCUCUUUUGCCUCCACGAGUUGAGAUUUUUUCAUUCCAAGCAUUGUUUCAACAGCAAUUCUAAGGUUUGGGAAGGGAGGGGGGUGGGGUGAGAGUCUGCCUUCAAAAUAGCAGGUAAUUUAGUGUUAACAACUGAGUUGAAAACGUAAAUUGGCCUCCGUAAAGGGUAAAAAAGCUGACGUUUCGAGCGUUAGCCCUUCGUCAGAGCCCUUCGUCAAUCGCUCUGACGAAGGGCUAACGCUCGAAACGUUAGCUUUUUUUACCCUUUACGGCGGCCAAUUUACUUUUUCAACUCAGUUGUUAACGCUAAAUUACCUGCUAUACCCUCUUACCGACGCAGUACCACAGUUUCUUUAGAAACUUACUCCCUUUAUGCCUUCAAAAUAGCCUCGCAUGCAUGCAGUGACGAGAAGUAGUGCUACUCCUUUUGACCGACGUUUUUGUCUAUCGCAUUCGCCUCCCACCCCACCUUGCCCCCAAAAUUUUGUUAGGUUUCCAUUUUCGCUGCGGCGCGUGAGUUCCCAGUACAUACCUACUCAGUUCAUACCUCCAAUUAAAUUAAAUUUUGAGAGAUUUGUCGUAAACUUGUUAAGAAAGUUGUUUAAUUCUCAGUUCGGUCUUUGAAUAACGAAAAGUGUUAUUAAUUUUUCACAAGGUUGGGACGAAGGAGAAAAUCAGAAUUCUUGCGAAUAUUCGAACCACCGACCUCCAAAAACGCACUGUCGUGUUCUAUUAGGUCUCGUUAAUUAGCUAAGCUUCUACAAGGGUUAAGUAUAUUAGGUAUUCAGCCUGCUGUUUGGAUCAGCAAGAAAUGUUAGGUAUCUCCUUUUGUUUGACAAGAUUAUGUGACAGUUUGGUUUCCUUAUUCAGCGUAAUGGCGCCGACUUCUCUGUGUUCGUCAACACAGGCCAGGAGUUUGACGGAAGUGACUCAGGUGCCAGGCCUGAUGAAGCUGUGUCCUGGGGAAAAAUUAAGAUGACAGCUUCGCCUGUAAAGGUGAAAAACAACUUCUUCUCAUUAUCUUUUGAAAAAAGAAUUGUUGAUAAGAGUGAAGGUAGUCAGGGAAACCGCAUUAGCGAGUGAAAUUUGCGUGAAAACUCGGUAAAAUUUAUAGUUGUGUUAUAACAUUUUUCUUUCGCCUUUGGCAGAGUUGGGAAGCGACCAACGGAAACGGAAAAUAGACAUUUUUGCCACUUUUUUGUUUUUUUGUUUUUUUUUUCUUUACAUAUACUGCUUAAACUAAGGCUUGCAAUUAAAGCUACGAACAAUGAGCACGAUUAUGUAGAGUUUAUGGUGAGCUCUAUAGCCCCAUAUUGUGGAUGCUAUCGUCGAAUUUUAUCCUUGAUUCAGUAACAUUUUGUUUUGUCAAACUCAUUACAUCAAACACUAUCAGACCAAAUGAAAGAAAAAUGAAUGAACGGAACAACUGCCACCGAAUAUUAGGGUGUUUCGUUAGAAUAACUAAUUGUGAAAACUUAAAAGCUGUCGCAUUUAUUAAAGUACUUCAGUUCGGUCUUUAAUCCAUGUGGAAACAAGACCAGUUGAGAAUGGUGGCGAUUUGUGGUUGUAUUACAGAUCAAAUGUAGUUAAAUGGAAUACAGGUGGAAGAGUGAAUGAGCUAUUUCUUAUUCCAGUGUUAAUAUAUAUGAUAAUUAUUUCCUUUUAGGUUUAUGCAGACGCUUCCUUGGUUUUUCCGCUCUUAGUGGCGGAGACCUUUGCCCGGAAUUUUAAAAUGGACAAUUAGGAUUGAAAGGGGGUAAGCGAUAAGGUGAAGGAAAAAACUUCGCCAAUGGAGACAAAUUUUGAAACUUCCAGGAUGCUUUGAGUGAGAUUAAAAGACGGCGGACGUGGUCCAAUACAGAAGAUUCUCGACAUUUUGUCACCGCAGUAAUUGAAUUUAUUCAAUGGAAAGUUCUGGCCUUUAAUUGUAGUUUGCAUAAACAAUGGUUCAAAUAUUCGUAGGUCGUGGGAAGUAAAUAUAAUGCCAUGUCGUGAAGAUUGCUUGGACUUUAAUUCUUGCACACUUCGAAACUGUUGGCGCAGUUAACGAUUAAGAACCCAAAGGAGUAUUAAAAGAUGAAAAAUUGGAAUUCACUCUUCAAUGCGUCAUUUUAGUUUGUGAGGAAACUUGAUAACGAGUUGCGAAACAGGUUUUCUCGGGGAAUUUGUGCCACCGCACAAGAUGCUGUGAACUCUUUAUUUAAACAAUCUUGACGUAAAGAAGAGCGAAAGUCACGACACCUCUAAACCUCAAUGGCGAAACUUUACUUUGUUUUCCUCGCCAACUUAAUUGCUGUGCAUCUAAACAUCUAAUUUUUUUAACAUUUUUUCUCAGUUUUUCAAAUAACUAUUCCACUUGUCUCAUCUGCGGAAGUUGUUAUGAAGGAGUAAGCAUGUCAUCAAGAAAUGAUGGUGUCUUUUUAUAAAUUUUGUUCAUUGAGAAGCAAACUGGGUUUGGAAGGGUUGAAAGAAUCUAAUUCAUCGAUUUGAAAUGAAUGAAAAUUACCCAGUGCGAGGAGAAACAACAACUGUUACCGCCAAACUUUGUGUUUCGAUUGUUUUGAUAGCUUUCUUAUUCUAUCAUUUAAGGAGGAAGUUACAUCUUGCGAUCUCGUAUUUGCUUCUGUAAUGAAAUAGUUACCAGUUUGACAUUUAAUUUCUGUUGCUGUAUAUAAUGUUGACAAUUAAUAAUGAAUGCGCUGCAAACCGAAGAAAAAUAACCUUAAUAGCUUAUUCAGUAGGGAAGAGUUUUAAGCCACCAAAAAUAUUCAUGACAGAAUUUCAAUGCUGCUUUCAUUUUCCACAGAGCUUUUCAGAGGUUAUAUUUGUUCUAGCGUAAUUACAUGGUUCUGUUUCUUUGUGUGUGUUCAGUACUUUUAGGUUAGAGACGAUCAACGUUUUAUCCUUUUUCCUCGGUAAAUAUGUGUACCUGUGACGGUUAAACGGUGUUCCUGUAUGUUAACUAGUGUCAUAACUAUUUUUGUUGAUAACCAUCGAAAGAUCAGCUCUCGAUGCUUUGAUAGCGGGAACAAACGAGCAUUACCGAAGCGCUCAAGCUUAUUUUUUCACAAUUCUUUCUAUACAAUCGCUUUACUGAGGUUAAGACAAUGAAUUUCUUGUUGGAGAUGUCACGUUUCACAAAACUCUUCAAAUUAGUAGGACGUGCUUAUUUGAACACUUUGUUGCACCCAAACGAACACAAAAUAAAUUGCCAUCUUUAAUGGUAAGCUGCGUAAAACUCAACCCUUUUCAUUGGUUUAUAUUCUGACAGCUUUAGAGCUUAAAUAUAAUUGUAUUUUCCAAACAAUGUUUUAUGCAGGUGACAAUUGUCCGUUGGGUGUUGAUAUUUCAGUUGAGCUUUGUUCGUCAGUAGGUGACUAUCACAAUGAAAGGCUGAAGCUUAAGUGCAAGCACGCAGCGAAUCUGCAGGAGUGAUCAACAGGUAGUUUAAAACAAGAUAGUUUAUUUUAGCUUAUUCUCGCUUAAACUGGCCUUGUUCGAUUAUUUCUAACCCAAUUUUUCCUAUCUUGAAAUGGUAAAGUUUCCGUACAGCCCCCAUACUAUUGUAAAACAAAUCUGUAUUUCCAAUGGAAAUUUGUUGUUUUUAUCAUUGUUUUCUCUGUUCAAGAACUAAAUGCAUAAUGUGGGAUGGGGCUGUGCGGAAAUUUUACCCUUGAAAUUUGCGGCAAAGAGGAAUUUCGGUCGCAAGCUGAUACCGUGACCAACUUAUAAAUUCUACUGACAAUGCAAGUCGAGAGAAGUGCAGAAUGAUGGAUGUUUUCCAUUAUGUUAUUAAGAUGUAGCGAUCCUCUUGUAGUUUUGCCGACAGAGACAAUAUUUCACAGUAUUGUCUUUCAUUUUCGGUCUGUGAUUGGCUAGAAAUGAAAGAUGGACAUCACAGCACUGAAAUGGGUUCUUCCCGUACGUUUGAAAAUUUUACCAGCUGUGUAGCUACAAAUCCACCAAAUAAGACACUGGACACUGAAAUAAAAAGUACUUGGUGAAAACAAGGCACAGUAUAAUCGUUUUCUUACAUCGAUCGACCAAAUUUGCCAUCUUUUGCUUCGACGUCUGAAAUAACUCUUAAAACAACUUCCCAGAAACAUACACGUUGAAUGCCGCAUAAUUUAGUUGGUACUCGGGCCUCAAGCUCAUUAUCAAGAAAUUUGUGGUGAAUUAUUCGCUUUCAGAUUAGCACUUUUUCAACAUGAAACGCUGCUAAAUGAUCUCUCAAAUAACACGCGAUUGAUCGAGAUAUUGUUGCCAUGAAGGCGUUUAGCAAAACGUAGUUGAAAUUUUGAUAAGGUACCAGCAGACUGUGCGCAAAACUAUGAAGAGCAUAGGGAAAUUUUUUUUUUGAUGUUUGCGUCUAAAAACAUAAUUAGUGUUAAAUGGCGAUAAUCCAACGAUUUUUUCGAGGCUUUCAAUAACCUGCAUAAGUUAUCUUGAGUUUUACAUUACAAACGGAUUCGAUUGUGCGGAAAAACGCAUUCCAACUUGUUAUUCUAUCGAAGCAGAGAAACGCGCAUAAAAAAAAUGAUAAUGAAUUUGAAGCUCAACGAAGCUGCUUAUUACAUUUUUAAGUCAACUUGUGAGAGGACAUAAAAUUUUGAAGUCACUACAAACGUUCCUUUUGCAUCGCACGUUAGGUUAAAUUUAGAGACAAUAUUAUAUUGCCAUUUGCGGCUUGGAAGUCCAGUUGUCUUAGAUUCCGGAAGUUUUAACGGCUUUCCUCUGUGGAAUAUGGAGGGGCUGAACCGCCGUGAGGGCCCACAGUAUCUUGAAAUAUUCUUUAAAGACCUUGAACUCUCUUAUAGUUGUAAAAGAACUCUAUUUUUAAAAGCAUUCAAGAAUCUUUUAUUAAAACUAGUAAAGGCUCUUAUCUUACAUUUAACGUUUGUUAAAAAUUCUACACAGUCAUUAAAGGAAGAAACAUAUAUUCAUCUGUGCACGCUGUCAAGAGGAAAGAAAAAAGAAGCAGUUUUAAUAUAUUGAUAUCGAGUAACAGAUUAAGUUGCUAAAUUAAAUGGGUUUCCAUGAAAUGAAGGACUGGUGUUUAUGCUUAUCCUCGUCGACGGUAUUCAGUUUUUACAUGUGUCAACGGAUGAACACGUAUUUCCUUUCAAGAGUUGUUAAUAUUCCGGCGACGGAAUCACUUCAUCUGUAGUAGCGGCAUACAAAGAUGACUCCCUCUAGAAUAACUGGAAGAUAAAACAGAAGGAAGAAAUAAUUUUUUCCCAUUUCAGACACCCUUAACUCUAAUGAUCGAUAUACGUUUUCUCGCCGAAACUUUGUAACAAAAGUAAACAUCAAUUUAACAAAAUGUCAAAAAUCGGCUCCUUUGUGACACCUAAUAUUCAAAACAACAAGAAUCAACGCAAUUAUCUGGUAAACAGUCAAAAUAAAAUGAGUCAUUGAUCCAUAAAUAAUCGCGUGUUAUUGUCGAGAUCAUUGCGAAACAUUUAACGAUAUUCAAAUUUUGAGAAAGCCUCUUUGUUGAUAGUUGCAAUAGUUCUUUCGCCUCAUUGAACUUUGAAGUGGCACGAGAGCUCACGAAAGUCUUAAAUAUUCUGAUCUAACAAUGUGAUUUAAACCCUCUAAGGUGUCAGCUGAAGAAGACCAAAAUGCCGUCCAGUAACUAUACAAACAUCACAAACUCAACCGAGCCCUCCUCUAUUGGAGCAAAUACUUGGGUCGAACAGUAUGAAGAAUCAAAAGCCCUUUACAUUUUCCGUUUAACCCUGUUCUCCGUUAUCAUCUCGGCCAGUAUAAUCGGCAAUUUGAUGGUUUGUUAUGCUGUGUGUACCAUACCUUCCCGCAAGCCUCUCUCCUACUAUCUCGUCGCUAACAUGGCCUUCGCGGAAAUUCUAAGCAGCGUUUGUUUGGCCGUCAUGUUUGCAAGCUGGCAGAAUCCAACUGACGUCGUUCUUCAAGAAGCCGCAUGCAUUUUGAAUCCGUUCCAAGUAAUUGCUCUUCUCGUUGUGAUCUACUCACUGGCUGCCAUCGCUUUUUAUCGUUACAGAUUCAUUGUAAACCCUCUUCCACGCACACCAUCAUCAGUAAAGACAAUAACAAUUCUGACCAUAUCUGGGUUGUGGCUGUUGUCAUUUGCAAUCGCCUGCCCCUUUUUCUUUGGUCUCAGAUUUGGAAAUGGUGUAUGCAUGGAGCUGCCUGUCGUAAGUAAUAGAUCCUAUGUAGCCAUCAGAUUCAUCCUGAACUACGCUUUACCUUAUGUGAUAAUGCUGGCAUCUUACGGAGCGGUGGCGUGGAACUUAAGGAGACGAAUUGUGCAGAUUAAGAGAAGAAAUCGAGAUUCGAUUGUUACUUCCUCUUGUGGUGUUGAAACUGAACUCCAAGAGUUACGAGAUGGUGCGAGAAUGGAGGAACGAAGAAGUGUUCUGCUCGAACAGAAUAACCGAAGAGACAGCAAACCCGAAAACACAGACCCGGAGAAAGAUUUACUUAAAAUGAUUUUUGUGCUUAUUAUCAUUUAUGUUGUUUGUUAUUUUCCGUAUCAAGCCCAUUAUGUGUGGGAAAGGGUUCGUAACAUCACUGAGUAUCAAUUUAGAUAUCAUCGACUCUUUAUUGAUUAUAAUUUUAUUUUGAUUUGCCUUCCCAGCGCCUUACAUCCUUUGUGUUAUGGAACAAUGAACAGUUUCUUUGCUAAGGCGUUCUCCAAAAUCAUUCUCUGUAGAUCUUGAAAACACAAUGAUGAAUAUGUUUCUCAAGUCGUAGAAUGCUUUGUUCAAGUUCGAGCAAAUUCUUAGUUCAUUUUGCCUUGUUAUGAGAGCCAUUUCCGGAUGAAAGUUUUUUCAACUUGAGUUGUUCCUCUUCGUCGUUUAGGACUGGUGAGUUUAUCUCAAAAUUGACUUGUUGACUGGGCCAUUAUUUCAUAUACAGACUUAUCAUGAUGAUAAAUGUUUAUGCAACCUGUGUAUCUGCAGCAACAAAGGUAGUAGAAGAUACUUUUGAGCAACUUUACAAAUGUAAGUGAUAUGACAAGAGGAAAAUGCUUAUUGUUGAGAAGAAAUUAAAUUUGACUAGGGCCCUUUAGGUGCAUGAUAAAAUAUUAUCUUUUUGUUGCUGAUAACGAAUUCCUGUUCAAAUUUAAAAUUACAUUAAGUCGGCGAAAUUGUAAAGAGAUCCAAAUUUAGAAACUGCUGCUAUUUAGAGCGUGCGCCCGUAGCAUGAAAUUUUUCAAUGACGAGAUAUCUUUUGCCGACCGACAAAUGGUUUUCAUGAAACUUUGGAAUGCUAAUUAUUCCUAAGUUGUCAGUUGUUUUCAUUGUUGGCUUAUUUUUUGCGGUUUUUUGACAUGUUGUUUGUAGGUGACAGGCACGUCACCUACUUUUCUCUGUUCACUAAUCAUGCGAACCAUGAGCAAUUUUCGAUAGAAUUUUGAAAACAAUCUGGCGCUGCAUUGAUUAUUCUUCAAUGCGCUAUAGGAAUGAUUCAGAGAACUCGCGCCAUGGUCUUUAUGCAGACUCUAGAAUUGAAACCAAUUGCAAUUUCGUUCAAUCCACUUUGCGCCUUUGAGGUCGUUGACUACUUGUGAUGUCCACAUUUUAUCUGUUUGGCCGAUGUUAUCAAGUUGGUUUUGGUUUUACAAAACUCAAUCGAAAAUCUCUCUAAUUAGGAAGCGUAGCAGACAUUGAUUUAUGUUGUGUUAAGGUUAAGUUCGGAUAGAACACGCGCUGUCAUUGGUUGAUAGAGCGUUCUACAUUAGAGUGAAAAACACAGAGCUGAGCUAAAGCUGGUAAUUUAGUGUUAACAACUGGGUUGAAAACGUAAAUUAGCUACCGUAAAGAGUAAAAAAGCGUUCGAGCGUUAGCCCUUUGUCAGAGCGAUUGGAGGAAUUGUGGGUUGUGAGUGGGUUUAUAGGCAGAAAGUGGAGCUACGCCAUUGGUGGGAAUAUAGUGACGAGAAAACAGGAAUAAAUUAGUUGAAGGAAAAGCGCUCAUUGAUUCCGUGGGGAUUAAGGGUGCCGAUUUGGUAGAUAAAUUUUUGUUCUAGUGUUUUACGGCUUUCCGAACUGCCUAGAUGUAAGGAAAGGCCGCAAACUGCCAUAUGCUGUUUAGAAUGAUUAGGAAGAUUUAAGUGUCUAGCGACUGGUUUGGAUGCGUCCUUGUCAUUUCUUUCCACGUCGCGGAAUCGGUCACCUAGUCGUCUUCCUGUUUCGCCGAUGUAUAACUUAUUGCAAUAAGUGCAAGUUAUGCAGUAAAUAACAUUGGCGGAGGUACACGUAAAGUGAUCAAUGAUCUUAAUGGAUCUCUUGGGUCCCGAUAUUUUCUCUACGUUAUGAAUGAAAGAACAAGUUUUGCAUCGUGAGCGAGCGCAUUUAAAAGUUCCAGAUGGGUCAUUGGUUUGAAAUGAACUCCUGUCUAAAAAGUUGCCUAUGUUUUUGUCACGUUUGAAUGAAAUAAGUGGGGGUUGCGAAAAGAUAAUGCCAGUCUCUGAAUCGUUUUGGAGUAAUUUAAAAUUUUUAAGAAUGAUAGAUUUAACUGCGUGGUUGUGAGGGUGAAAUGUUAGAGUAAAUGGAAUGCGGUCAGUGUUUUCCUUCUCAGCCGUUUGUAGUGCUGACUGUAGAUCGAUUUUUUGGGCACGGUGGUGGCCCGCUUGAACGACAGAAACAGGAUAGCCACGUUUAUCGAAAAACUGGCACAUUGCCUCUGAUUUUUCGGAAAAAGAUGAUAAUUGAAAUAGUGCUGUAAUGUCAAUUUUGCAUUGAAUAAAAAAAUAUAAAAAAAUGAAUUAAUUUGAUGACUUGCGCAUUUCUUUGCCUUUGUUAAAAUCCUGAGGAUAAAUUUUUCGGCAUAUUAACAUAAAAGAGCAUCUCUGGUUUAACCCUAACCCUAAGCUUGAAUCUCUCGAGAUUUGCUGCAUAUCCUUAUUUAGUGGUGUGACUAAAAAACAGGCAAAUAUUCUACGACUAAUGUGAGUGUAAAUUUGGUGUUCGAGUUAUCCAAAGUGAUUUGGCGCUCUUUAGUACGCUUCUAACGAGAUGAUCACGUGAAAAUCGCAAAAAAGUAACAUUUGGUCGAAAAAUUGGGAACUUUAAUAUUUCGCCUAGAUCCCCAAAACCGCUUCUGUGUUUUAAAAAAAUUCACAAAAACUGGAACGAGUACCGGUAGCUGCUAAACGGCGGAAAGCAUUACCUCGGUCCAUGGAGGCAAAUGAUCUUUGCUCAUGAAAGGCGCAAGAAGGUGUUGGGCAUUCUCAGCCUUGUAUAACACUAUAGUUUAUAUGAUAAAAAAUUGUUAUUCAUCAGCAUAGGCUGGUCUGUAUUGGGAAAAAACUAUGCCCUCUGUCUUGAGUAUCGCCCGAGGCCAACGGCCUCAGCCGGUGCUCAAGACCUCGGGGACAGUUUUUCCCAACACGGACCUCCCGGCUGGCGAAUGACUCUUACAUAUCAUGCUCAACCUCGUCCCAUAAUUUCUUCUUAUAAUCCAUCAAAUAUUUUUGCUCGCGUGCGAUUGGUCUAAAAGCCACGUUACUGAAUACUUCCCCAGCCAAAGCCGGAGAACAUCUAAAGCACAUAUCGGUUAGUUCAUAAAAUCGUACCAGAGAACACUGAAAAGUGAACAUCUCACGCAACAAACGGCAAGCUAUUCGUAAACAUUUUUUCACGUGCGUUAAAAAAUGUUUGAAGGAUAAUAAACACAAUAGCAUCCAUUUUGCACUAAAAAUAUCCUCGUAACUGUUUCCUUGGGCAUAAUCUGUUCCUCGAAUCUCUCAUUUCUCCUCGAGCUUCGCUCUUGAGAAACUGUAUCCGUGCAUUUUUUUGCCUCAAGUAGAGGUUAUUGUUGAUACAAUGUUGUUUUGGAGGAUAUGAAAAUUAGUUUGGGGCUUUUCAUUUUGUGAAAAUCGCAACAUUGUCGUUUACAUCACGACAUAAUCUUAUUGGGCACUCUGUUGUUAAACCUGGAAUUCAAAGCAAAUCUUAGCAUUCAGAACCGUACUCGAUCACAAAACCAACUGAAUCCAACCUCGCAAAGAUGACAAUGGCCAUUUUGGUGGUUAACCUUGCUUUCGUUUUAAAUUUCCAUCUGUUUCCUGUGGCGUAGGUGUUUAUCUGAUAACACAUUCCUCAACGGUGCAGUAGGCGUCUGUUUUUCUUCACAUAUUCGAAGACAUUUAAGUUUUCAGAAAUUUUUAGAAUAAAAGUGAGCUUCAUUGUGGACUUGUUAGAGAUAAUUCAAUCAUGAAUACUUGCAGGUCAAUAGUUCUUUGCCGAAGACGAGACGAGCAGCAAGCUCUCAAGAGUUUGUAACACAAGGCUAAACGUAUUACCAUUACGGCAAAUUUUUAUUGUGCUCGGAUGAUAGAAUUUAAUACAACAUAUUGCCGAACCUGAGUUAAGCGGCACCUUAUUAAGGGAUUACCUAUUAAUAAGCGGUCGCUUGUCAAAGUUCCGAAACUUUUUUCCCUCAAGUAUUUUAAUUUUUACUUCUUUAUGCGCCACCUUUAUUAAGCGGUCGUGGUCACCCUUGACUGAGUCCCAAUGGCUUCUUUGUAUUGUUUUCCACUUGUAUUGAACGGUCACCUAAAGCGGAAACACCAAGAAAAAACCAAUAAUAAUCUCUCAAGUCAAAUUUUCCAUGUUUAUCUCCCGAACCAAUGUUAGCACUUUGAGUUCAAAUGUCUUUCUUUCGAGGACUGUUAAGUCAAAAUGGUGUUUUUUUUUGCAUCGCGUUUAGCAAGCGGUCAACCUGUGUUAAGCAGCCACCCCGCCAAUCCCCAUGGGUAACCCGUUAAUACAGGGUUCGAUUGCCAAUGAUAUCCAUUUGACGAGAAUCAGUUUCGCAUUUGAUCCAGGCCGAUUAAUGUAACAAAGAGAAAUGACUAAAUACUCCUUAACAUGGUUAAAGCUUUCAUUAUAAUUUUUUUGCAAUGCUUUUGAGUAUGGAGUUGACGACUCUAUGAUAAACAGAUUAGCUUAGAAAAAAGUUGUUAGCCAGAGCUGUCAAGUGCAAAACCAACCUUUCAAAUUCUGAUCCGCAAUGACGGCUGAAACUCUACGCCUAGGCUCAGUUCCUACUUCCACAACCGUGUUUGUCAACAUGUAGAGCCUUCAAGCCUCUAUUAAACAGAUUUAAAUGAGGAAAAGUUGUCAGCAAGAGCUGUUGGGUGAAAAAUCAACCUUUCUAAAUGUUAUCCGUAAUGACAGCUAAGAGGCACGGUGGACAUUGAAUUACAACUUCCCAUGCCAUACUAUUAAAUAAGAAAAACUUUCUUAAAGAAAGUUAUUAAGACUGGAAACUCAUGCAUUACUUUAAUUUCUGUACAUUUAGUAACAAAGAUGAGCGGAUGAGAGAUUGAGUCUUAUAGAGGUUCAAAUAUAUCUCAGAGAGGUUCAAAUAUUUCUUUAGCUUGAUUUUCUUGUCAGAAGGACCUUCGGUUGCCUAUCAUAUUCUGUGACAGUUCUUCGAGUUUAGGUGGUUGUGUUCUGAUAAGCAGUUAGAAGGUUCUUGCGUCAUCUUUACGUGAUUGAAUAUACGUUGUUUUGAAACAUCACAGUUUACAAUGAUCACUGUUAAAAUAGGAUUGGUGUGAUGAAAUUUUGUGAGCUUGAUUUGAAACAACUUCCAAGCCAAGAAACUAAUUAAGAAUCAGACGUCUGAGAACCAAAUGUGUUUUCCUUUUCGUUUAAGCAUGGCUAACAACGCUGAGAAGACACUAGUUGUCCCGCCUUGCGCGUUUUAGCGGCGCUAUCGGACUGCUUAAGACCAGGGUUUAAGGAAAUUGAAAGAUUAAUGUGCCAUCGAACAUGAAUGUUCUCUCAGUCAGCAAAUACGAAACAUUCCUUUGAUUCAAUUGCAAAUUUUCCGUCAAGUUCUGACAUGAACUACUUAGACUUUAAUUCUACAUACUGCUCCUGAGUUGUCAAUGAGGAGAUGGUAUCUAUUUUUUAUCAUCGAUUUCUUUCGAUUCAAAAGACAGGAAUUAGAUCAUGCUGAUCAAACCUCGCAAGUAACCGUUAGGCACGAAGUUGUGCCGAUCAAUUUUGAUCAAAUGUGCAGUAGAGGUUCCUAGCGUACGCGCGCGGCAACAAAAGAACAUCAGUGUUAGCUAUGAGUGAACAGUGUGGGUGACGAGAAGAAAGACCGAGGUGCUGCUAUUUUUUUUUUAACAGGUUGACGUCUUGUGCUCUCAUCAAAUUAUCAAAUGUUUGGUUAAAAAGUAGUUUCAUAUUUUCUGGUCUGAGUUGUGUCUGUAGUAUAAAUCUUUGUUUACUUUUAAAAAAAUUCAUAUGCUGAUUGAAAAGGAAAUUGCUAUUUGCAAACCUGUCCGAAGUGAAUUUUGCUAAAAGCUGUAGCUACGUCAUAAUCGAUAUGUGGCGUGAGUUUUUCCCCAUACAAAACUAAAUGAAAAGCUGUACAUAGAUUCUAGUGAUAACUGAAGUGAGCUUCAUCUCUGUCUAUCGGUGGGAUAUCUUCAAUAAUUUACCUCGAUAACUUCCUCUUAUGAUACGAUGGCAUACUUUAACCACACAGAAUGUUUACAAGGUUAUUUAAAGCGAAUCUCUGGCAGUUGCGAUGUUUGUGUGAUCUUAAACUGUUGCAAUGAUUAUAGCUCUGUACCAGCUGUGUUUUUAGUAUACCAAGUACACUCACGCCGUUCUUGGAGCGAUCUUUGACGAGGCCGGCAUUUACAAUUUAUCACUGAUUCGUCAUUCAUUUGUCGCUCACGGACUGAAAAUUUGGUGUCAUUUGUGUCAGUCAAUACUCAACAAAGCAUUCAUUGGGGAAAAUGUUUAAAAGCCUUUAAAAGUGUAAUUCUGGUGAUUAUCAUCAGCAAAUGUAUAUCGAGAUACAAGAUACGAGAACAGCUAUGAUAACUUUAAUUAUGAUUAAAAUCAAUAUCAAAUUCGUCACUUAUGAUUGACAGGUUUAAAAUUCGAAGCCAUUCUUUACGUUGACUAUCAACAUAACAGUGGAGAGGAAGACGGCCGGAAAGUCUUUGAGAAAACGGCUUCGCACUACAGUAUCUGUUGUAUACUUAUCUCUCUCACAGUAAAGGUGUUAACAAAGAGGACAAGAUCAACGACAAGAGCAGGAGGACGAAAAAAAAAAUGGAGUUUAUCAACAAUACGAACGUCACAAACUCAACCGAGCCUUCCACGGUGGAAUCUGUUUCCUGGAUAGAACAGUAUAAAGAACCAAAGGCUCUUUACAUUUUCCGUUUAACACUCUUCUCCGUGAUCAUCUCGGCCAGUUUAAUCGGCAACUCGAUGGUUUGUUAUGCUGUGUGUACCAUACCUUCGAACCGCAAGCCUCUGUCCUACCAUCUCGUCGCUAACAUGGCCUUCGCAGAAAUUCUAAGCAGCGUUUGUUUGACCGUCAUGUUUGCAAGCUGGCAGAAUCCAACUGACGCCGUUCUUCAAGAGGCCGCAUGCAUUUUGAAUCCGUUGCAAGUAGUUGCUCUCCUCGUUGUGGUCUACUCACUGGCUGCCAUCGCUUUUUAUCGUUACAGAUUCAUUGUAAACCCUCUUCUACGCGAACCAUCCAUUAAGAAGAUUACAAUUUUGACCAUAUCCGGGCUGUGGCUGAUGUCACUUGCAAUCGCCUGCCCCUUUUUCUUUGGUCUCAGAUUUAGAAAUGGUGUAUGCAUGGAGCUGUCUGUCGUAAAUAAUAGAUCCUAUGUAGCCAUCAGAUUCAUCCUGAAUUACGCUUUACCUUAUGUAAUAAUGGUGGUAUCUUACGGAGCCGUGGCGUGGAACGUGAAGAUGCGAAUUGUACAGAUUAACGAAAGAAAUCGGACCUCGACUGCCGAAUCGUCUUGUGUUGUCCAAAUCGAAGAUCAAAUAGAGCUACAAGAUAUGGGAGAGGACACAAGAAUGGAGGAACGAAAGAGUGUCGUGGUCGAUCAGAAUAACCGAAGAGACAGCAAACCCGAAAACAAAGACCCGGAGAAAGAUUUGUUUAAGAUGAUUUUUACGCUUAUUAUCAUUUAUGUCGUUUGUUAUUUUCCAUAUCAAGCCCAUUAUGUGUGGGAAAGGGUUUGUAACAUCACUGCGUAUCAAUUUAGAUAUCAUCAACUCUUUAUUGAUUAUAAUUUUAUUUUGAUUUGCCUUCCCAGCGCCUUACAUCCUUUGUGUUAUGGAACAAUAAACAGUUUCUUUGCUAAGGCGUUCUCCAAAAUCAUUCUUUGUAGAUCUUGAAAACACAAUAACGAAUAUGUUUCUCAAGUCGUAUAGUGCCUUAUUCAAGCUCGAGCAAAUUCUUAGGUUCAUUUUGCCUGGUUAUCAAGCCGUUUCCGUUUUACAUACAGACUUAUCAUGAUGAUAAAUGUUUAAGCAGCUUGCGUAUCUGCGGCAACAACGAUAGCAGAAGAUACUUUUGAGCAACUUUACAAAUGUAAGUGAUAUGACGGAAAAUGCUUACUUGUUCAAAAGAAAUAAAAUUUGACUAGGUCCCUUUAUGUGCAUGAUGAUAUAUUAUCUUUUUGUUGCUGAUAACGAAUCCCUGUUCAAAUUUAAAAUUACAUCAAGUCGGCGAAAUUGUGAAGAGAUCCAAAUUUAGAAACUGCUGCUAUUUAGAGCGUACGCACGUAACAUGAAAUUUUUCAAUGACGAGAUAUCUUUUGCCGACCGACAAAUGGUAUUCAUGAAACUUUGGAAGGCUAAUGGGCCAUUUAUUCCUAAGUUGUCAGUUUUGCUGCUGCUUUUGUUUUUAUUCCUAAGUUGCGGUUUUUUGACAUGUUGUUCGUAAAUGACAGGCACGUCACCUACUUUUCUCUGUUCACUGAUCAUGCUAACCAUGAGCAAUUUUCGUUGGAGUUUUGAAAACAAUCCAGCACUGCAUUAGUUACUCUUCAAUGCGCCUUAUGAUUGACUUAGAGAACUCGCCCCAUGGUCUUUAUGCAGACUCUAAAAUUGAAACCAAUUGCAAUUUCGUUCAAUCCACUUUGCGCCUUUGAGGUCGUUGACAACUUAUGAUGUCAACGUUUUAUCUGUUUGGCUGAUGUUAUGAAGUUGGUUUUGGUUUUACAUAACUCAAUCGAAAAUCUCUCUAAUUAGGAAGCGUGGCAGACAUUGAUUUAUGUUGUGUUAAGGUAAAGUUCGGAUAGAACACGCGCUGUGAUUGGUUGAUAGAGCGUUCUACAUUAGAGUGAAAAACACAGAGCUGAGCUAAAGCUGUCACGCCAUUUUCAAAUUUUUACCAUGUCCGACCAUUUCCCGAACUUCCUUCUCGCUUUUUUUCGUAAAUUGAAACCAAUUGCAAUUUCGUUUAAUCCACUUUGCGCCUUUGAGGUUGUUGACUACUUAUGAUGUCAACGUUUUAUCUGUUUGGCCGAUGUUGUCAGUUUGGUUUUGGUUUUGCAAAACUCAAUCGAACAGCUCUCUAGUUAGGAAGCGUAGCUGUCAUUGGUUGAUAGAGCGUGCUGUAUCAGAGUACAAAACGCGGAGCUGAGCUAAAGCUGUCACGCCAUUUGUCAAUUUGUACCAUGUCCGACCAUUUCCCGGACCUCUCUCUCCCUUUUUUCCGUUAAUUAAAAGUGAAAUUUCGGAAUAAGCCAGCCGGCAAGUAGCAACAGAUGAACCAAACAAAGGUUUGUAAUCCUCAAGUUGUACAACAUGAUAAAUGUUGUAUAAUGAUACAUGAUAAGUUUGGGAUAAUCUUUAAGUUGGCUGUUUCCACUAUUUUACUCUAAGAAUGAAGUAAUUUCUAUGAAAGAGGACGACUAUUGUUUCGUAGGGGGGGACUGAAAAUAAGAAACUCGAAUAUAACGUUCUGAAAUCAAAGAUAUAUUAAAUUAGCAAAAUGAAAGUAACAAAUAAAUUAAUUGACCGGGCAAUUGUUCUUGUGGGACUGCAGAAAAAGCCAAAUUCUACCCAGGACAAAGUAUUUGAAGCCAGAAUUGUUAUGAAUUACAAAACUAAAAGCAUAACUAUUAAGACAGGUUUCUUGAAGAGGAAGUAGAUACUUUCCCCAAUUAAUUAAGUGCAUGAUGAUGGGAAAAAAGUGGUUUGGUGCUCGAAGCUUAAGGAAAGCUUGACAUGAUGUUAAAUAGGACUGAGCCGAAAGGUAAAAGAUUAUUAGUUUAUAAUAUCUUGCUGAAGGGUGAAUAAAUAUAUGUACUGCAAAUAUGAUCUUGCAAGUAUGAUUUUAAGGAAAGUGGUUAACAUUUUGGGAGUUUUUUUUUUUUUUGCUUUUUAAUAGAAAUGUAAAAGGUGAUAAUUGAAAUGGUGCUGCAAUGUCAAUUUUGCAUUGAAUAAAAAAAUAUAAAAAUGAAUUAAUUUGAUGACUUGCGUAUUUCUUCGCCUAUGUUAAAACCCUCAGGAUAAAUUUUUUGGCAUAUUAAAAUAAAAGAACAUCUCUGGUUUAACCCGAACCCUAAGCUUGAAUCUCUCGAGAUUUGCUGCAUAUCCUUAUUUAGUGGUGUGACUAAAAAACAGGCAAAUAUUCUACGACUAAUGUGAGCGUAAAUUUGGUGUUCGAGUUAUCCAAAGUGAUUUGGCGCUCUUUAGUACGCUUCUAACGAGAUGACCGCGUGAAAAUAGCAAAAAAUUAACAUUUGGUCGAAAAAUUAGGAACUUAAAUAUAUCGCCCAGAUCCCCAAAACCGCUUCCGUGUUUUAAAAAAUUCACAAAAACUGGACCGAGUACCGGUAGCUGCAAAACGGCGGAAAGCAUUACCCUGGUCUGUGGAGGCAAAUGAACUUUGCUCAUGAAAGGCGCAAAAAGGUGUCGGGGGUUCUCAGGGCUAAAAAUCCUAUAACACUAUAUUCACCAGCGUAGGUCGGUAUUGGAAAAAACUAUGUCCUCUGUCUUGAGGCCGUUGGCCUCGGGCGGUGCUCAAGACCUCGGGCACAGUUUUUCCCAACACGGACCUCCCGGCUGGCGAAUAACACUUACAUAUCAUGCUCAACCUCGUCCCAUCAUUUCUUCUUAUAAUCCAUCAAAUAUUUUUUCUCGUGCGCGAUUGGUCUAAAAGUAUCACCUUACCGAAUACUUCUCCAGCCAAAGCUGGAAAACAUGGAAAGCACAUGUCUGUUAGUUCAUAAAAUCGUCCCAGAGAACACUAAAAAAUGAACAUCUCACGCAACAAACGGCAAGCUAUUCGUAAACAUUUUUUCACGUGCGUUAAAAAAUGUGUGAAGGAUAAUAAACACAAUAGACUCCAUUUUGCACUAAAAAAUAUCCUCGUAAGUGUGUCCUUGGGCAUAAUCUGUUCCUCAAAGUUCCGAAACUUUUUUCUCGCAAGUAUUUUAAUUUUUACUUCUUUAUGCGCCACCUUUAUUAAGCGGUCGUGGUCACCCUUGACUGAGUCCCAAUGGCUUCUUUGUAUUGUUUUCCACUUGUGUUGAACGGUCACCUUUCCAUGUUUAUCUCCCGAACCAAUGUUAGCACUUUGAGUUCAAAUGUCUUUCUUUCGAGGACUGUUAAGUCAAAAUGGUGUUUUUUUUUGCAUCGCGUUUAGCAAGCGGUCAACCUGUGUUAAGCAGCCACCCCGCCAAUCCCCAUGGGUAACCCGUUAAUACAGGGUUCGAUUGCCAAUGAUAUCCAUUUGACGAGAAUCAGUUUCGCAUUUGAUCCAGGCCGAUUAAUGUAACAAAGAGAAAUGACUAAAUACUCCUUAACAUGGUUAAAGCUUUCAUUAUAAUUUUUUUGCAAUGCUUUUGAGUAUGGAGUUGACGACUCUAUGAUAAACAGAUUAGCUUAGAAAAAAGUUGUUAGCCAGAGCUGUCAAGUGCAAAACCAACCUUUCAAAUUCUGAUCCGCAAUGACGGCUGAAACUCUACGCCUAGGCUCAGUUCCUACUUCCACAACCGUGUUUGUCAACAUGUAGAGCCUUCAAGCCUCUAUUAAACAGAUUUAAAUGAGGAAAAGUUGUCAGCAAGAGCUGUUGGGUGAAAAAUCAACCUUUCUAAAAGUUAUCCGUAAUGACAGCUAAGAGGCACGGUGGACAUUGAAUUACAACUUCCCAUGCCAUACUAUUAAAUAAGAAAAACUUUCUUAAAGAAAGUUACAAAGACUGGAAACUCAUGCAUUACUUUAAUUUCUGUACAUUUAGUAACAAAGAUGAGCGGAUGAGAGAUUGAGUCUUAUAGAGGUUCAAAUAUAUCUCAGAGAGGUUCAAAUAUUUCUUUAGCUUGAUUUUCUUGUCAGAAGGACCUUCGGUUGCCUAUCAUAUUCUGUGACAGUUCUUCGAGUUUAGGUGGUUGUGUUCUGAUAAGCAGUUAGAAGGUUCUUGCGUCAUCUUUACGUGAUUGAAUAUACGUUGUUUUGAAACAUCACAGUUUACAAUGAUCACUGUUAAAAUAGGAUUGGUGUGAUGAAAUUUUGUGAGCUUGAUUUGAAACAACUUCCAAGCCAAGAAACUAAUUAAGAAUCAGACGUCUGAGAACCAAAUGUGUUUUCCUUUUCGUUUAAGCAUGGCUAACAACGCUGAGAAGACACUAGUUGUCCCGCCUUGCGCGUUUUAGCGGCGCUAUCGGACUGCUUAAGACCAGGGUUUAAGGAAAUUGAAAGAUUAAUGUGCCAUCGAACAUGAAUGUUCUCUCAGUCAGCAAAUACGAAACAUUCCUUUGAUUCAAUUGCAAAUUUUCCGUCAAGUUCUGACAUGAACUACUUAGACUUUAAUUCUACAUACUGCUCCUGAGUUGUCAAUAAGGAGAUGGUAUCUAUUUUUUAUCAUCGAUUUCUUUCGAUUCAAAAGACAGGAAUUAGAUCAUGCUGAUCAAACCUCGCAAGUAACCGUUAGGCACGAAGUUGUGCCGAUCAAUUUUGAUCAAAUGUGCAGUAGAGGUUCCUAGCGUACGCGCGCGGCAACAAAAGAACAUCAGUGUUAGCUAUGAGUGAACAGUGUGGGUGACGAGAAGAAAGACCGAGGUGCUGCUAUUUUUUUUUUAACAGGUUGACGUCUUGUGCUCUCAUCAAACUAUCAAAUGUUUGGUUAAAAGCAGUUUCAUAUUUUCUGGUCUGAGUUGUCUCUGUAGUAUAAAUCUUUGUUUACUUUUAAAAAAAUUCAUAUGCUGAUUGAAAAGGAAAUUGCUUUUUGCAAACCUGUCCAAAGUGAAUUUAGCUAAAAGCUGUAGCUACGUCAUAAUCGAUAAUGAUUAAAAUCAAUAUCAAAUUCGUCACUUAUGAUUGACAGGUUUAAAAUUCGAAGCCAUUCGUUACGUUGACUAUCAACAAAACAGUCGGGAGGAAGACGGCGGGAAAGUCUCUGAGAAAACGGCUUCGCACUACAGUAUCUGUUGUCUACUUAUCUCUCUCACAGUAAAGGUGUUAACAAAGAGGACAAGACCAAGGACAAGAACAGGAGGACGAAAAAAAAGAUGGAGUUUAUCAACAAUACGAACAUCACAAACUCAACCGAGCCCUCCACGGUGGAAUCUGUUUCCUGGAUAGAACAAUAUGAAGAACCAGAAGCUCUUUACAUCUUCCGUUUAACCCUGUUCUCCGUGAUCAUCUCGGCCAGUUUAAUCGGCAACUCGAUGGUUUGUUAUGCUGUGUGUACCAUACCUUCGAACCGCAAGCCUCUGUCUUACCAUCUCGUCGCUAACAUGGCCUUCGCAGAAAUUCUAAGCAGCGUUUGUUUGGCCGUCAUGUUUGCAAGCUGGCAGAAUCCAACUGACGUCGUUUUUCAAGAAGCCGCAUGCAUUUUGAAUCCGUUCCAAGUACUUGCUCUUCUCGUUGUAAUCUACUCACUGGCUGCCAUCGCUUUUUAUCGUUACAGAUUCACUGUAAACCCUCUUCCACGCGAACCAUCCGUUAAGAAGAUUACACUUCUGACCAUAUCUGGGUUGUGGCUGAUGUCAUUUGCAAUCGCCUGCCCCUUUUUCUUCGGUCUCAGAUUUAGAAAUGGUGUAUGCAUGGAGCUGUCUGUCGUAAAUAAUAGAUCCUAUGUAGCCAUCAGAUUCAUCCUGAAUUACGCUUUACCUUAUGUAAUAAUGGUGGUAUCUUACGGAGCAGUGGCGUGGAACGUGAAGAUGCGAAUUGUACAGAUUAACGAAAGAAAUCGGACCUCGACUGCCGAAUCGUCUUGUGUUGUCCAAAUCGAAGAUCAAAUAGAGCUACAAGAUAUGGGAGAGGACACGAGAAUGGAGGAACGAAAGAGUGUCGUGGUCGAUCAGAAUAACCGAAGAGACAGCAAACCCGAAAACAAAGACCCGGAGAAAGAUUUGUUUAAGAUGAUUUUUAUGCUUAUUAUCAUUUAUGUCGUUUGUUAUUUUCCAUAUCAAGCCCAUUAUGUGUGGGAAAGGGUUUGUAACAUCACUGCGUAUCAAUUUAGAUAUCAUCGACUCUUUAUUGAUUAUAAUUUUAUUUUGAUUUGCCUUCCCAGCGCCUUACAUCCUUUGUGUUAUGGAACAAUGAACAGUUUCUUUGCUAAGGCGUUCUCCAAAAUCAUUCUUUGUAGAUCUUAUGAAUAAUAUGUAUCUCAAGUCGUAAGCGGAACUUGGAAUUAACCUUUACCAAGCUGCGAAACUGACUCAUUUUUUAAAUCGAGCUCAGCAAAAGUUCUGAGCUCCCAAUAUGGUAUCUUUAAAUAUCUUGCAGCCAUCUUGGAUACGAAAGGGAAGUUCUCCAGUCAAGAGUUCCAGAGUUUAAAUAGCGCAAAAAUUUGUUUGCGGAAAACUGUUUGUUUUUGAACAACUUUGAAAAAAAAUAUACCUCUUAUAACGAUGCAAGCUUGGUAGAGGUUGAUGUGUAAGAGUAUGUUUAUUUUAAAAAUAUACAAUUUACGUCAGCGAGGGCACUCGCGUCAAUAGACUCCUUUGUGUUAAUUACAGGAACACUGUGAAACGGAUACCUUCAAUAACGUAUUGAAAAUUGAGUUAUGCUGGGGAUCGUUUUCAGCAAGAUCAGAUUAAUGCAAACCAGACUUUCAAUUUGCCGUCGUAAAUAACGACUUCCUGCCGCCACAUGUAUUGUGUACAAAAACUCUUGAGAAUUACAUAUCAAUGGCUUUGCUUGUAAAUAUGCUCAUCUCUCACAAGGGAAAUUACUAAGACUAGAAGCUCAUCGAUUAUUUUCUGAUCAUUCAGUUCCUUGAGCAAAAUUUGCCAGAUAUCAUAUAGUUUCAACUAUUGUAUGUAGAAAUAUAGGCUUCCGGUGAUUUAAUGAGACGAAGCUGAUUAAAGGAUUUUAAAAUGUGAUCAAUAACUGUAAAAGUUCUCUGAAAUACUUAAGGAAAUCUGGAUAUGUGUUUAUUUGCAAAGAUGGGAGAGUAUUCUUGUUAACUUAAAAUAUGCCUGAAAAGAACUGAUUCUGUAGGCACAAGAAAUAUAUUUGACUCCUGAUAAAUCGAACUUAUAGGGAAAGGGAAAGAGCUUCAAGUAAUCGGGUGAUCGGGUUAUCGGGCGAAGGGAACAAGUGACCAGAAAUAUGAAACAGAUGGUGUUUUUUGUAUUUUUAUUAAUACAUUGCACGUUUUAAUAACAUUAACCUACGAGAUGUCGGUUUGAAUAAAAAUUUCAGCAAGCAGUCAAAUCAGCGUUAGGUUCGAGUCCGCAAAUGUUCCAGUUAUUAGAGAUGUACAUGUGUUGAACAGCAGGGGGAGAAACUUCGCGAACAAUCUUGUAAAACCGUAUCACAAGCGUGUCCUCGUUGCGUGAUUUUUUGCUCAGGAAGGGAGAAACACCUACACUUGAUGGAUAGUCUUAAUAAAGAAAUAACCCUGAUGUAAUUACAAUUAACGCUGAGUGUGAGUCGAUUUGUUUUAAACAGCCCCAGGUCUCCAGACAAGGUGACGAUCAGAAGUCAAAACAUCCUGCAAUUUAAUUUUUUGUCAAGAAACUCCAAGUUGUCUACAGCUAAUAGAGCUAAAGAAUAUUAUAGAUCUCAUAAGGUAGAUGAAAGAAGGAAACGGGAAAAUCUACCUUUAAACAUCUCUCAGAUGUUCCUUCAGUCGGUAAACAUAACAUGUUCGCCGGAAUUAAUUGCAAAUUUCAGUCUGUACCUUAAACGUUAAAGUACAGACUGCACAUAAAUAAUAACUAUAUAUAAAAGUUCUAUGAAAUAACGGAAUUGAGUUGUCAGUCAUAAGAUAGACCUAAGUAUUUGUUCUCUUAAUUUCAAGUGAUCAUUGGUUCUUUUCAAAGAAAAUGACAGAAGUAUAGACGCAUUGAUCUCAACAAUAAUAUGAUAACCGUCUUUAAAACGUGCUGUUCAAUUUGAAUUAAAAUGUGUGGAGGAUUUUUCUGGAAUACGUGCGUGGUUGAAAGGCCUCACUGACACUGAAGGCCGAUUUACACGACAGAAAAUUUUUGGCACGGCUCGGAUGAAAUUGGUACGCGUACCAGAAACAUUGGUUCGGCACGGAUGAAUUUAGUCGUGUAAACAACUUUGCCUCAUCCGUGCCGACCGAUGUUUCUGGCACCCGAACCAAAAUUUUAUCCGUGCUCGGACCUACUCGCGAGGUAGUCCGAGCACGGAUAAAAUUGGUACGCGUUCCAAAAACUCUAGCCCGGGUCGGAUAAAGUGCGUAGUGUAAACGAUAAGCCGUGCCAAACCAACAUUUUCCGAGUGAGCCUUUAUGCGAUUAGUCAGCACCAUUUGUUGGGAGCAUGUGCAGAAAGUUCACUUCACGUUUCAACAUGGCGGAAGCAAACUCCAAAGGAAAGUCGCCCAAAAAAUCGCGUGGAUACUCAUGGAAAGAGGAAGAUGUAAAGGAAUUAAUUCAAAUAAUGCAAGAAGAGACAGUUAUGUUUAGUCUGGAUAAUGCGAAGACGCCAAAGGAGAAAAGGGCCGCUUACAAAACUGUUCAAGUACAGAUGCAAAAGAAAGGUAAGCUGAUCGAUGUUUAUGCCCCAGGGGUUUAUGCGAAAGGUUUUCAAUGAAAAACUAGUUAGAUCGAAAUUAGUACUUUCCAUUUGUAACAGGGACUCUUCAAAUUUCAUCGUGAUGCUAGUUAAGGUACUGGAUGUUAUUUUCGCUCGCCAUUUCGUAUGUCAGAUAAUGCAAGCCUUGAUGAAGAGAAGUGUUUGUUGUAGAAUACCUGGCAACUUAGCCUCUUUGUUUUGUAGGUAUUAAUAUCAGUUUAGAUGCCAUCAUUAACAAAUGGAAAAAGCUGAGACAGCAGUACAAACAACAUCACGAUAAGCAAAAAAGAAGUGGCACUGAACGUCAGAAAAAAUGGAAGUUUUUUGAUGAGAUGGAUCAAGCAUGUGGUCACAGGGACACAUCUUCGCCUGCAUGCCUUAUUGAUUCAAGUGCACCUGCUGAAAGUACAGGUUUGUUUCAUCAUCAUCAUCAUCAUCAUCAUCAUCAUCAUCAUGUUCGCCAGUCACUACAGCCUGAAGUAACAUCAUCAUUUACCAAAAUUAACAAGAUUUUGAUUUGUAAUGCUGACAGAAGUGGUAGCUCAGUAUGUUACUGUCUUACAAACUUUUACUAAAUGCAACUUUGGAAUCACAUAAUUUUCUUGUACUUCCCCUGUUUACCUUACCUUCUCUGUGUUCGUAAUUGUUUUGUUCCCCUGUUAAGAUUUGGAUAGCGGAACAGAAGGGAACAUUGAGGACGAAACCAACGUCGAAUCUGGUGAUGAAGCUGACAAUGAAGAGUUGAGCUCAAAUUCAAAAGGCAGUGUUGAGGGAAGCAGUGGGGCAAGAGAGGAAAGACUAAGUGGGGCAAAAAAACCCAAAUUGGAGAUGGAAGCGGAAGCAAAAACUGAUACGAAAAAAAACAAAGUUGUCAAGAAAGGCAAAAUGACCAGAUUUGAGAAAUCGUUUGCAGUGUUAACCGAGAGCUUCAAAACUGCCGCUGAACAGGAGAUGGACAUGCUUGUAAAGCUUGAGAACAUGCGCCAAAAAGAAAUGUUGGUGCACGAAAUACGGCUGAAAGAAUUAGAGAAUGAGCGUCGCAGGGAGGAGCGACAACAUGAGCUGAUGUUGGUUAAUCUUUUAAGCCAAAAUAGAAAUUCAUUUCAAAGAAUGGAUUUCUAUGAAGGAAGCAACCCUGUCCACAGUGGCAGUGAGAGCAGCUUUUAUGAAAUGUAAAGACUUAUAGUUUUCAGAGGUUGCCGUUGGUUGUUGUUGAUGUGGAGACAAUUUGUGAAAAGGCUUUUUUCCCUCUGUUUUGUAACCAUCUGGUUCACAUCUUUCAUACGGAAAUAGUUUUACGUGACUGUUUAUUGUCCUUGAGACCAAAUUAUUUGGUCAUUUUAAAGAAGGUUAAAAUCAGCAAGGGAAUAUAUUGUUCUGUACACUAUUGAUGCAUUGUGUUUUAGAAAACAUGGGUAAGAACCAGAAUUAAAGACUUUUUUAAGUGUAAGAAAUUUUGGCGUUGUUUAAGCUGACAUCUUACUGAUAUGAAGCUGGAAUAGAAGUUAAAAGUUAUGUUCAUCAGGACUAACAAGUUUCUGUUACAAAUUUAUUAUAUUGUUAGUUUAAGAACCACUUGUGGAACAAAUUUGUUACUAUCAUUGUUAAUAUUUCUCUGAAAACCACUUUCAAAUAAAGUUGCUGUUUGAACUGUUUUUAUUGUGAUCAUCAUUGGUUUAUUUAUAAUUUACAUGAGAAACUCAACAGACUAAUUACUUUUUUUUUCAAUUGAUGUUAAAACCUCGCACAAGCAGAGAUACAACUUUUUGAUUGCAAAAUUAAACAAAACCUCCCACAAAAAAGUGCAAGAUGUCAUUGAUACAACAAUUCAUAUGAUAAACUCAGGAUCCAUGGCAGCAACUGUCUAACUGUAAUGAAUGUGAAAGUGUUUUGUGACUGUGAAAUUAUUCACCACCCCUUCCAAUAUGUCGGCCCUCUGGUGUCCUAAAGAAUAGUGCAAGGGCAUCUCGAAUGUUGGCGGCAUCUGUUUCAGUCUGUCUUUCGAUAAUUGCCAAUGGGAUGAUGUCGGGCUGUUCAACAGCAUUCUGUAUAUCCUCGAGCCAUUCUUCUAAAAAGGCAUCCCUCUUUAAUUCACAGAUGUUAUGAAAGAUGCAUGAAGCAACCACAAGGUAACAUGUGGAGUCAACAGCCAUAUCAACACGCUUAAGAACUCGUCGAAAACGUCCUUUCCAUCUACCAAAUGUGUCCUCUACAGUCAUACGUGCUCUGCUAAGCCUAUAAUUAAAGUGCCUCUGCCAGUUGGGUGUGUUUUGAUUUUCUGGGUAAGCUUUUAUUAGCCAGUCCAAGAGAGGGUAAGCAGGGUCGCCAAGAAUAACAGGAGCAAUAUCAAUACCGAGUAUUGUUUCUUUGAUAUUGGGAUCAAAAAGAUCUCCGUUACAUCCACGAUUAUAAAUUUCUGAAUUAGAAAGCACUCUUGCGUCAUGGACGCUGCCUGGCCAACCAAUGACCACAUCUCGAAAUAAGUACUUUGAGUCCACCAUUGCCUGCAGCACUAUACUGUGAUAAGAUUUCCUAUUUAUAUAAUCAGUACGAUUUUCCAGAGGAGCUUGUAUUGGAAUGUGGGUGCCAUCUAUAGCACCUGCACAUGAGGGAAAUCCCCAUUUCUCCUUGUAGAGCUUCAUGACUUCACUCAAAUCUACUCCCUUUGGUAUUGACAAGAAAUCUUUUUUCAGCUUUUUUGUUAUUGCUUUGCAAACAUCUUUUAUGCAAAGACAAACAAACGACUUUGAUACCCCAAAUAAGUUUGCUAUUGUCCGGUAUUCCGCUGUGGAGCUCAUGUAAUAAAGUGUUAUGGCUGUUCUCUUCCUUGGGGAGAUGGCUUUACGCAUUGAAGUAUCCUGACGACCAAUUUCGUCUUCAAUCUGUGAAACAAUGUAUUCAAAUGUUGUUUUGGAAACACGAAAGUUAUCGUACCACUCCUUGUCGGUGAAUGCGGUUUCCACGAUCUGAAACCAUUGAUCUGUGCGUGCCAAUGUCCAGAAUCUUCGCUCUAUAGUAUUACAAGCUAGCACGGAUGCAAUUAUCAACAAUUUGUAUAUUCUUCUUCUUUUUCUGUUCUUCUGGAAAGAUAAAGACGAAAAGCUUGACUUCGUAAUUCCUUUCGAAAAGACGCUAGAUCUUUUUAGCAGGAGAAACUCAAGAUACUUUUCGUCCGCCAUGAUGUUCUUACUUAGCAAGCCGCAUGCGUACGAAGCGAGAAUUGCGAACGCUGGCCAAGAUGUUGAGCCUUUUACCCGAACCAAGACGUUAAUUCCAACCGCUUAGCACGGCAGAAAAAAGGACGUGUAAACAAGCACCAGUGCUACUUUUUUUUGGUACGCGAACCGUUUUUACCCGAGCCGUACCAAAAAUUUUCUUCCGUGUAAAUCGGCCUUGAGUGAAUUGUCCGAGUGAUGAGUUAAAAUGCGGCUUCGAAUAUGUUAUGCAGUUGAGGUUGUAGUUGAGGGGUUUCUCGGUGAAAAUCCAAGAUGUAAAGGAAAAUCGCGGCCCUCAAACGCCCAAAACAUUAAGCAGGAUUUCCACUGUUGCUUUUAUCCAUGCGCGUAAACGUGCGUUUAAAAAAAUUACAUACUUUGGUACGUUGAGAUGAACGUUUACGUGCGUCGACAAAACGUUAUCAUAUUUCUACUUCCUCGUUUUUUUUUCUGGAGGUUUACGUACUACGUGCGUUUUACGCACGUUGCAAUCGUAAGAGUGCAAGUUAAGUUGCACACGGCUUCAACUUCUACGCACAGGCCAACAUUUUCCUCACGUUAAAAGGCAUGGCAGUCAUUUUUACGUGGCGGUGGAAAUUGUUCGCAUGCGUUUUCUUUACGCACGUUUUACGAACAGAAAAACUCAUGCGACACUGGAAGCCGUGAAUACACAUUUACAUGGGCAGCAACUGGACGGCUCAUGAGGAACCAAAAAAAUUUGUUAAAAGCCCUUGCUACGUCACAAUCGACAUUUCGCGUGCUUUUCCCCCUAAACAAACCCAAAUGAAAAUCUGCUUGCAAAUCCAGCGAGAAUUGAGCGGCGGUCAGUUUAGUCUAUCGCUAUAUCUUAAAUUAUUCAGAACGAUUUCAAAUUCCUCUUAUAAUACAACGGCAUCUUCAAGGUACAGAUCUGUUUGAAAGAAAAAGAUUACCGAAAAAAAAAUAUCGGCACUUGCGGAAGGUUUGGAUUCUAAGUUUUUUGUUGUUGUGUCGACAAGCUGUGUUUGCGCUAAUCACAGUGAAAUUUUCCCGCGCAGUCGUUCGUCAUGAGCAGCUUUUUAAAAUAACUUUUUUGUGUCCUUUGAUUGCCGUCGCCAUUUUCAUACUCUCAACAAAGUCGCAGACGGGAAUAUUUUGUAAAUGAGAGAACCUUUUCUCAACGGUUCAUUACAAACGUUUUCGCGUACACGGUUCCUAUUUAAGCUAAAAUUUAAUGCUUUUCAAAGCAGUCUUAAACUGCCAUAUUAGGAACAGGUUUUGAUAUCUUCUUGUCAAGCUUUCGCAAAGAAUGAUUUGAUAAAGGAGAUAGCAUCCUCAUAAGAAACAAGUGCCGUAAAAUGAAUGAAAUCUUAUCAAUCGGGCUACCUUAGCUGCUCGACGAUAUUAACAUUUUUCUACGAUCACAUUUCUGCCUAUAAGUGUCUGUAUAUCUAUCUUGCUAGGGUAGUAGCAGAAAUUUCUCCACAGCACAAUAUCCGAGAAAUAAAAACUAGGUAGCUUCUUGGAAGCAUUGUUAACGUCUUGUUCAGCUCAUUUAAAGAUAAAAAUUGAAAUACAAUUUGUGGGAAUGAUUCGAGGAAAGGUCGAAAUCAAGUUAUGCCGACUGUACAGCACGCCAUACUAACCUGAUCAAUAAUUCACUACCGAAAUAAGAUGGAGCGUCAUUUGAUUGAAUUCAUAAAAGAAAUUUCGACUGUCAGCAAGAUAAACAUCCCAUGGAGACAAAGAGAGCGCGGCAAAACUCGUGUGACUAAGAGGCGGUGCAAAUUUUCUAAACCAAUCCCAGUCAUAAAGCAUCGUGAUGUAACACCAAUUAACUUCAUCUUUAAAAAAUAAUCUACCAGCAGUACACCGUAUCUUCUUGAUUCAAAGGUGGGAAUCCAAGUUAGAAUCGUUAUAAUAAAAACUUUUGUUGCUGCGAGCAUCAGCGAGCAGCAAAACUAUUCCUGACUUUCCGUGUGAGGCCUGGGCUCUAAAUGUAUGCGUUCAACACUCGAUCCAUUGAAUUGUGACUUCGUUCGUUCGGUGGUGAUGAUUUUGAAGAUGCAGUAUGAAGAUCAGCGGCGGUAGUUUUUAAUUGUGCGUGUGCAGCCCACAUGGUCCAAUGUUCCUGCCAUCAAGCCCUGGGGAGUUCAUUAGUCGACCAGCAAGUAAGUUUUUUAUUGCUCUUUUUGAACUGAUCUAUCAUGUCAGGUGCAAUUCUAUCAAUCGCUGGAACUAUUUAUCAAGGUCACCGACGAUUUGGUGACAUUUCCAGGUGAAGAAAGUGCUUUCUUAUGAGUUUUUCAGCGCUGUCGUGUGCACAAUCAUGUCCAGUGCGACACUUGGAUACUGCUGACGGGGAUUGUCGAUCCUUUUAUUUUCAUUUAUUAAUCAAGUCGACUUUUGGGCUAUUGUGUUUAUGUAAUAAACAAAAUAAUAGAUGGUUAUUUUCAGAUAUAAAAUUUCUCUUCUCGUAUUUGUUCUAGAGUUUUGCGGCUUUCCGAAUUGCUUAGAUAGAGGGAAAUGCCGCAAACUGCUAUAUACUGCUCAGAGUAAUUCGGGAAAUUGCAGUGUCUAGCGACUGGUUUGGAUGCGUCCUUUUCAUUUCUUUCUACGUCACGAAAUUGUUCUCGGAAUCGGUCACCUAGUCGUCUUCCUGUUUCACUAAUGUAUAACUUUUUGUAUCAAAUGCUAGUUACGCAAUAGAUGACAUUGGCGGAGGUGCACGUGAAGUGAUCGGUAAUCUUAAUGGAUCUCUCGGGUUCCGACAUUUUCUCUACGUUGUAAAUGAAAGGACAAGUUUUGCAUCGAGAGCGAGCGCAUUUGCUUAGUUCCGUUGGUCUCAUAUCUUGAACUUUUGACCAAGAAGUUGCUUAUGUUUUUGUUACGUUGGAACGAAAUUAGUGGAGGUUGCGUAAAGGUAGUACCGGUCUCUGAAUCGUUUUGAAGUAAUUUAAAGUUUUUAACAUUUGUAACGUUGCUCAAGAGUAUCUUCCACUAUCUUUGUUGCCGCAGAUGUGCAGGCCGCAUAAACAUUUAUCAUCGUGAUAAGUCUGUAUAUGUUAAAAAGCCAAUUUUGAGAUAAACUCACCACUCCUGAACGGCGUAAAAUGCUGAGGAACAAGUUGACAAAACUUUCAUCCGGAAACUGCUUUAAUAACAAUGCAAAACAAACCUGAGAAUUUGCUCGAACUUGAGCAAAGCAUUCUACGACUUGAGAUACAUAUUUAUUCUUGUGUUUUCAAGAUCUACAAAGAAUGAUUUUGGAGAACGCCUUAGCAAAGAAACUGUUCAUUGUCCCAUAACACAAAGGAUGUAAGGCGCUGGGAAGGCAAAUCAAAAUAAAAUUAUAAUCAAUAAAGAGUUGAUGAUAUCUAAAUUGAUGCCUAGUGAUGUUACAAACCCUUUCCCACACAUAGUGGGCUUGAUACGGGAAAUAACAAACAACAAAAAUAAUGAUAAGCAUAAAAAUCAUUUUAAGUAAAUCUUUUUCUGGGUCUGUGUUUUCGGGUUUACUGUCUCUUCGGUUAUUCUGAUCGAGCAGAACACUUCUUCGUUCCUCCAUUCUCGCGCCAUCUCGCAACUCAUGGAGUUUAGUUUCAACAAUGCAAGAGGGUGCAACAUUCAAAUCCCGAUUCCUUUUCUUUAUCUGUGCGAUUCGCCUCCUUAAGUUCCACGCCACUGUUCCGUAAGAUGCUAGCAUUAUCAUAUAUGGUAAAGCGUAAUUCAGGAUGAAUCUGAUAGCUACAUAGGAUCUAUUACUUACGACAGACAGCUCCUCACACUCACCAUUUCUAAACCUGAGACCAAAGAAAUAGGGGAAGGCGAUUGCAAAUGACAACAGCCACAGCCCAGAUAUGGUCAGAAUUGUAAUCUUCUUAGCGGAUGAUCCGCGUGGAAGAGGGUUUACAAUGAAUCUGUAACGAUAAAAAGCGAUGGCAGCCAGUGAGUAGAUCACAACGAGAAGAGCAAUUACUUGGAACGGAUUCAAAAUGCAUGCGGCCUCUUGAAGAACGACGUCAGUUGGAUUCUGCCAGCUCGCAAACAUGACGGUCAAACAAACACUGCUUAGAAUUUCUGCGAAGGCCAUGUUAGCGACGAGAUGGUAGGACAGAGGCUUGCGGGAAGGUAUGGUAGACACAGCAUAACAAACCAUCGAGUUGCCGAUUAAACUGGCCGAGAUGAUCACGGAGAAGAGGGUUAAACGGAAAAUGUACAGAGCUUUUGGUUCUUCAUAUUGUUCAAUUGUGCUCUCGGUGGAGGUAUUGGUUCCAUUUAUGGUAGUGUUGGUAAAUAACGACAUUUCUGUGUUCCUUCGAUGGAGAACUCUUAAGGGCUGAAAAAGAACGUUACAUAGAAUCGUCUAUCUCAGGUGACUUGCUCUACUGCUACUAAAAGAGAUAUACAGAAACUUAAUCCAUGGUAGCUAAUUUACAUAUCACUGCACUCUUACCUUUAAGAAUCAAUUAAACGUUUUUUAUGCCAUUGGAUGUCGACAGUUAGAUUUUGGUGCUUUCUGAAAUUCCACAUUUAUGGCGAAUUUACGGAAGUUAUAGAAAAUUGAUAGCAUUCCAAAACUUCCAGAGCCGCGACGAAUUGUCUUUCAAUCAUUCUUUGUCCAUCCUCAAGUGUUUGUAACAACUUAAGAGAGUGUCUCUGUAAGAGCGGUCUGGUCGAUUUUGCUUGAGAGACGGAUUUCGCUCGUUUCUCGUGUGUUGUAAGACAUUCAUGUACCUAUACUAAAACCACAAUCAGUUUGAUCGGAUCUCUUUAUUUUUCAGAGUUUAACGGAAAUUAAAUUUCACUCGAGCGAAGGCUUGUUGUGACACUUUUCAAGACUUUAAUUUCAUACAACUUUAGAGGACAAUUUACAAAAAACUACGAAACUCAGCAAAAAAAAAAUACCACAGUCAUGUAUAUUAACUCUAUCUUAUCUAUCGAGGCGACUUUCGUAAACAUCACGUGUCAAUCAAGGAAACAGGAAGACUUGAAUGACACCUUAUCGGUUCGCCUAAAUCAAACACGCCAAAACCGAUCAAAUUCAAGGUAAAUUUUUGAAAAAGUGAGGAGUUCUUAACUGAUCUAACUAACAUAGCUAGGAAGUAGGUGCCAUAGAAAAGAUAACUACAGAAAAAAACUUUGCGGCCCGACCUUUACGAGAACUUUAUAACUCCGUGAACUUACCUAAUUUUCGGCAAUCUCCAAGUUUGGCCGCCAUUUUGAGGGACUUGUCAACAUGAAGCGUAACCGAUAUAAAUAGGGCAGGUUAAUCUAAAACCGUCAGAAAUAUAUAAGAAAGCAAUUCAAAUGAACUUUACUUUCAAUUCAAGCGGCAAAAUUUGAAAUUGUUUGUUAAACUUACCAUCCCCAUGCGACCAUUUAUUCCGACAAUACAAACACUACAACUUUCUGAAUUCCCCUCGUCGAUUCCACCGCAAGAAAUAACCUGUGCCACCCAAGCUUCGACUCGAAUGUGAAGUACGAAUCAAAUAACAUAACUGCUUCAUCUUCGCGACAAUAUCACGCUGGUAUUUUGAUUUUCCGAUCGACAAGAACGGUGAUCGAGAAUCGAUCGGUUUGUUUACCUCGUAAACGUGACCGCUGACCAGCUGCUGAGUGAAAACAGUACGGUUCAGUGGCGAGGGGCGGGGUGAGGGGUGGAUUAUCAGAAGGUUUUUGGGAACAUUCGAUAAACAUUAGGAUUCUCAGUCUUGUCUUUGCCCAACUCUGAGAGCGUGGAGCGGCGAAGACGCGAGAUACGAGUCUCGCGUCUCGCGGAUUCACCAUGCUCACAGGAUACGCGUGACCUCACUAUCUUUAAGAAAAAUAAGAGACUGCUCGAAGUCUGUAUUCCGUUCAACCAUUUUAUAAGAGUGACGCGAGUCUUUCAAUUGAAUGAGAAAGUCACGAAUUACAGUAGGCUUCUCCUUUGACACGGAAAUUGAAAUCGUAUCGAAUAUACAAAGUUAUAAUGAGUUCCUUUAGAUCUCCCGAACUUGUAUCGCGUUGGAAACAAUUACAAGUACAGGAAGAAGUCGUUCACAAGCGAGACGUUCAUUAUGUCUCAGGACUGCUUUUUGAAUAGCAAAGAUGGAAAAAACUUUGGUUCAUCGUGUGGCUUAAGUGGUUUGGUACGACUGUCUGAAUACAAUGACGAAGUCAAUGACGAAACAUCAUUUGAUAAGCUGCCACCUGUCUAAAGAGGUUUUUAAGUGAAAAUGAGCUAAUCUUGGCAAGGAUUGGCCUAUUUCACCUCGCUCAGGAGGAUAAACAAAAAAAUGUGGAUUUGCUAUAGGCAUCGCUACACUCUGGGGAAGUUUUGGAGAAGUGCAAAGGUAACACGUCAGUACCCUGAUCAUGAUGGUGUCAGGAAGCGUAUCCAAGGCAGAGAUGUAAUUACCUUGCAUAUGUCUCAGGACGUUUAAAAGCUGUUUAGAGUUAUUAUUCCAGUUGAAUCAGGUGGUCUUCAGUAACAUUUUCUGUUAUCUAUUUUUGUCACGUGACAUAUCUGCUCGAAAAGAGAAGAAAUUCUUUAUUAGAUGAAGGGUACUUAAGUACACAUCACGUUGAAAAAAAAUAGAUCUAUGUGUAAGUGCUUUUCAUCACAGAUGGAAAUAUGUACAAAGUUGCUCGGUUGAUAAUCAAUAAUGUUUUUGUAGAAGAUCAAAUCACCUGACAACGCAAUCUACUUACUCAUGCGUACGGUUCACAAUUAUUUGCGGUCAGUUUUCCUCACUUUGUAUGAUUCUCAUUAACCGAUAUGAUUAAAUUUGCAGACUAAAACACUCCUUAUUUGAUUAAGAAUAAUAAAAGUAAACAGUGCAUGUCGGUUUUUAAUUCCUGAUGGAUGCUACUGGGCAUUACUUUAACUGAGAAAUUUGCAAUCGCUUACCUCAGCUCACUGUGUCCCAUGCCGUAAGAAGCACAAGAAAAAAGUUGAUGAUAGUGAGUCUUGGCUAAGACAAGAAGAAUCAGAGAAGAAUCUACGGUCCCCAGAAACGCCACUUUUAAAUACGAGACAACUAAGGUAAAUUGAAUGAAUUGUUAUUUGUUUUAUUUAAAACUAUCGUUCAGAUUACAAGAUACGCGAAAAACUCUCCCCACCGAUUUUUUCCUACAUUCUGUUAAUCAAAAGUUUCAAUAAUUAUAAAGGCUUUCUUGUUGAUCGUCUUAAUAGUAACAGUUUCCAGGAUCCAAGGGGAGCAAAAGAGAGAACAAUUUUCUGUGUAGCUAGGUAAGGCGACAUGCCGGCUUUAUACUUCUUCCGGCGUGAUAACGAUAAUGAUGACAACAAUAGGAAAAAAGCACCGUCCGCUAAUGAUGACGAUUAUCAUAGUUAUUAACAAUUCUCAGUUAUAGUCCUGAAAAAAAUCUCAAGGGGUCCUUUGAACCAUCCUCUUAAUCUCGCCAGAAGUCAAAGUUGCCUAAACUCAUUCUAAGGUUCGUGCGAUUUUACGACGAAUUUUCAAUUCCGGUGUGUUGCACGCGCGACUUUUGAUAGAAAAAACCUGCACGCGCCAUAACUUAAAAGAACGUGUCAGCGGAAUGAAUCAAAUCUCUAUCACUUUGCAUACAUUCUUGGGAACAGAAAAAAUACUUAGAGCAAACAUUCGAAGUAUAGUGUUCAUUCCGUGCAAUGGGGCAUAAAUAAAAAGUUCUGGUGGAAAAGACAUUUUAUUUUAUACCACUGAUGACAAGCAAAAAGGUUAUAUGGGUGCCCCGGUUAAAAAUAUAUUGAUAACUCUAUUAAUUAAUACCAGUUCUAAUUUAAAGGAGAAAGUUAUGAGAAUAAAAUAAAAAUUGUCUGUACCUCGAAGCAUGCCUUCACUGUUUAGACUGAUAGUCCUAAAGCUUUUUGAGCAUGCAUUCGACUAUCUUAUGACGAUAAGCCCGCCAACCACCCCACCCCGCGCUAUGCUAUUUUCACUUAGCGGCUGGUCAGAGGUCACGUUUACGAGGUAAACAAACCGAUCUAUUCCUGAUCACCGUUCUUGUCGAUCGGAAAAUCAAAAUACCAGUGUGAUAUUGCCGCGAAGAUGAAGCAGUUAAGUUACUUGAUUCGUACUUCAUAUUCGAGUCGAAGCUUGGGUGGCACAGGUUAUUUCUUGCGGUUGAAUCGACGAGGGGAAUUCGAACACUAGUUGUAGUGUUUGAAUUGUUGAAAGAAAUGGUCGCAUGAGGAUUGUAAGUUUAACGAACAAUUUCAAAUUUUGCCGCUUGAAUUGAAAGUAAAGUUUAUUUGAAUUGCUUUCGUAUGUAUUUCUGACGGGUUUAGAUUUACCUGCUUGAUUUAUAUCGGUUACGCUUCAUGUUGACAAGUCCCUCAAAAUGGCGGCCAAACUUGGAGAUUGCCGAAAAUUAGGUAAGUUCACGGAGUUAUAAAGUUCUCGUAAAGGUCGGGCCGCAAAGUUUUUUUCUGUAGUUAUCUUUUCUAUGGCACCUACUUCCUAGCUAUGUUAGUUGGAUCAGUUAAGAACGCCUCACUUUUUCAAAAAUUUACCUUGAAUUUGAUCGGUUUUGGCGUGUUUGAUUUAGGCGAACCGAUAAGGUGUCAUUCAAGUCUUCCUGUUUCCUUGAUUGACACGUGAUGUUUACGAAAGUCGCCUUGAUAGAUAAGAUAGAGUUAAUAUACAUGACUGUGGUAUUUGUUUUUCGCUGAGUUACGUAGUUUUUUGUAAAUUGUCCUCUAAAGUUGUAUGAAAUUAAAGUCUUGAAAAGUGUCACAACAAGCCUUCGCUCGAGUGAAAUUUAAUUUCCGUAAAACUCUGAAAAAUAAAGAUAUCCGAUCAAACUGAUUGUGGUUUUAGUAUAGGUACAUGAAUGUCUUACAACACACGAGAAACGAGCGAAAUCCGUGUCCCAAGCAAAAUCGACCAGACCACUCUUACAGAGACACUCUCUUAAAUAUCAGGAACAAUGAGCUAAUGCAUCGAAGACAAAUAAUGGCCUUGAUAGCAAUUAUUUACUUUAGUGGAAGGAAGGAAGUACUCAUAAUUUUUAUCAUGGAAGAAUAACCCUUCGGAUGGAUAGAUAUAAAUUUUCAAAACUGUCGGCUGAAGGAGUUAAUGAGCCGACACAACGGGGUUUUUGUUUUCAUAAUUUGAAGGUAGUUUUUGAAUUCGUCUUGUCACAUAUAGACUUAACUUAAAACUCAUAUUGCCGUGGCGCGUUGGUGAGCUGUGGUUUCCUGAUUUGCAAUGUUUGUUCCGUAUUCUUAUACAUUCCGAGCUUGACUUUUCAUUGCCAGCAAAACUCACUUUGUAGGCUGAUGGACAAAAAAAAACCUAUUUCCUUGCAUCAAGUUUAUGGUGUUUUGCAGUUCAGUCAAUACAACCCGAUUCAAAAUUACCUUUUCGCGGUUCGCGUCAAACAUUCCAUACCUAGCUGGAGUGCACCUACUACGGUAAAGCGGCAUUCGAAAUUCUAUAAAACUAUAAUAACAUAAAUAGAUGGCAAAGUUCCCUUGCUUUUAAUAAAUUUGCCGUUUUUAUGAUAGAUAUUGGUUGUUCUCUGUCACCACACGUACUAUUUGUACAGAGGGAACUUUGCUCAUUUGCGACAGUCUAUGAAAACAGAACAAUAGCUUAAUUCACGAUGCGUUGCCCUCAGCGCCAUUCGGACUUUCAUAAAAAAUUAUAUUUUUUGGUGCAGCAAAUAUAACGGAACCAAAAUACUGAGUUUUAUUGGGGCCCACCGACCGCAAGAAUAAAAAAUCAGAAUCUUGUGCCUUGUUUGUUUUGCAAGUUAAGCGAAUUGAAUAAUACGUUUUUAGGCUUUUUCUUCCCAAUCAGAAAAAUACUAUUAGUAAAUAAAACUGAAAAAUCCGUGGAUUGUUGUAUUGAAAAUGCCAUUUGGUUCCGUUUAACAUUUUAAGUUCGCUAAUUAUUCCCCUCGAUCAAAAAUAAAUUUCGGUUGCAGAAAAAGAAAAUUCAAUACGCACGAAAACAAAUAAGAUAAAUGAUUACAGUCUAUUUUAAUUUGAAUUUCAUUUGCUUGCAAAGUAGAAUUUUUGUCAGAUGAUUCAGCUCUCUUUGGACUCUCAAGAACAACAGACUUUGGGAAUGAAUACCUAGGUGAUCACAAAUCCAUAGAAGCUUUAUUUUGUUAUCACUCCGGGAGUAGAAAAGCUUAUAACUAGGGAAUGUGAAGACAGCCUAGGAAGGACGCUUGUUUCUCCGCCCGCAGGAAGAUUUGAGACGAUUAAAGACAGGAAACCUAAUUGAAAAAGGUUCCGCGAUUGAUUUGAAUUUCUAAAUUACAUGCUAGCGUAAUAUAAACGUUCUUCUUUCACCGGUUUUAUCAGUUCGCUGGUUUUAUAAUGUAUAUACGUAACUUAGCCACUGUAGAAAUUUUCUAAAGCUGACGUUUCGAGCGUCAGUUCUUUGUCAGUGCGAAUCACAACAAUUUACAAUUUGGUUUUCUCUACGGAGGCCAAUUUACAUUAUAAUAACAUUUGACAAUGCCGAAAAACCUUGUAUUACCCUUCCACCAACGCAGCAUCACAGUUUCUAUAGAAAUUUACGCAAUAAGAAAGUCUUGUUUCAAAUUCAUACUUUGAUCAAUACUUGGAUGAAUGAUACGGAAACCAGUUCUCCCGUACACAGAGCUUAUUGCGUCAAGGUGGCAGCCGGCCUCGUACACAAAAAUGGACCAGCGCUGCAAGUGCCAGUCUUCAACAGAACAAACCCACGCGGGACUUAAAGAUUACUCAUUUCCUGACAAAAAAUUAACUUUUAAGGAGCAGAUAUUUUGUGGGUCAGCUGGAUAGAAGUUGAUAUUUUGCACGAGCUGUGGUACAGUAAAGCUUCUUUGAUGAACGGAUGAUGAACAUCAUAAAUAAAAAAGCAUUUAUAAAAAAAUUUAUAGUUUUAAUCGAGUAUUCUAAAUUUCAUCAAGCGAAUGCUACAAAUUUUCGAAAGUGAGACUUCUUUUUUCUUCACAAAAUAAUAUAUCAAUUUAAAAACGACCCACCUCUUCCGAGUAUUUCCCUUUUUUUCUUCUUUUAUCAUUAUUUUUAUUUAUGAUUACGUAGCAUACCAUGUAUAGGCAUGAUUCGAAACAUAUUAUGGAAGCGUGGAUCGAACGAGCACGACGAACUUUGAUGCCCAAUGCAGUCCAGGAACAGAAGAUUUUAAGGAUCCUCAGAAACAUAUUUGAAGUUAAGCUUCUCCCCUUUCCCUAUCAUGCAAGCCCUUCAGUUUGUCACGAUUGAAUCAUGAAUUAAAAUAUUCCAUUACCUGAAAGACCUCACUGUGUUUGCUAAGUCCUCCUUUGGAAAUAUAUAGGUUGACCGGCUUCACAAAACUGUACGGGAAGUAGUGAAAAAUUGCGUGAGUGCGAUGUGACAAUUUUCAGCCCAGCUAGCAAAAUCUUCUCUGCGUGAAAUUAUCGGCUUAAUACCGCACCAAGCUCAUAGAAACAAAGCAGCUGUUUUUUGUCGAAGAAAAUUCCCUAUAUGCUUAUUAUCCUUCUUCACUUACAAUUGAUUGAUUAAAUUUUUUCCCUUAAAGAACAUUUUUUAUCACCAUUAAACCAUUUACUGCAACAUUUGCUUCCGUAGAAAGUAAAAUUAAAUGACAAACAGAUGAACAACUGUUUACCGAACGAAAACCUUUCAGAAAUCUUUUUUUCUCGUAGGUAAACGGAUGAAUUAUUCAACACAAAUAUCUUUUUAUUUAAGGAAAAAUUUUACGUGAUGGUUAGUUUAAAAUCUACUCUCCAUUUUAUCAAUUGAUUUCAUCAUAGGAUUUCCCUGGAUGGAGUGACAGACUGACAAGGAAAUUGAUUCCUACGUGUUAAUUUUUAUUACACUCAAACCGCAGUUUUUAAAGACCAUCUUGAAUACGAAGUGAGAGAAAAUGUUGAAUAAAACUUGUAAGAAGGAAAUAGAUGAUUUAAGACCUCAUUUGAUAUAUGAUAAUUAUUUCCUUUUAGGUUUAUGCAGACGCUUCCUUGGUUUUUCCGCUAUUGGUGGCGGAGACCUUUGCCCGGAAUUUUAAAAUGGACGACUGGGAUUGA